CACAGAAUUCAGGUGACAAUUUGCCCCAGUAGAUCCAUACCAGGCAGCUGCUGCAAAUCAACUACUGAAAUUCCAAGAAACCCACAAAGAGGUGAGAAACUGUGAGAUGGGAUCUUUGCCAUCUUGCUCUGCCCAACACUUUUGAAGGGAUGGUGAGGGAAAGGGAGGAGAAAAAAACAAACUGAAGGAAAGAAGAUCAAACAUUUUCUUCUCCAGAUGGUUGGAGAUUGGCUAUAGGUGAGCAAUUGUCUCCAUCAUUUUCAAGGUCUGUCUGAAAUCACUCAGUAUGAGUCCAUCCCCAACCUUCCUUCCAGCUGCAACCAGCCAGCCCCCUGGGACUAAUCAGAGCGGGGCUGUGGGAGCAGCAGAACCUUCAUAUGCUGUCCUCAAGUUCAUGGAGAGCUUCUGCCUCAUCAGUGCUGUCUGUGGGAUGGUGGGAAAUGGCAUUGUCCUGUGGUACCUCGGCUUCCGCAUCCGGAGAAACCACUUCACAGUCUACAUCCUGAACCUGGCUGCUGCUGACUUCGGUUAUCUGCUCUGCAUUGCCAUCGAGACAGUCCAGUACCUGAUGCAGUUCAACGUGGGGGUGCAGUUUGGGAUAUUCCUCUUCUUGGAUCUUUUCAUGUACGGGACAGGCUUGUACCUUCUGACAGCCAUCAGCAUUGAGAGGUGCCUCUCGGUCCUUUCUCCCAUCUGGUGCCGGAGUCACCGCCCAAAGCACUUGUCUGGCAUCAUCUCCAGCCUGCUCUGGGGGCUCUCCCUGAUGCUGAACACUUUGGGGUAUUUUUUUUGUACCAUUCGCCCCUCGGCCAGGACCUGCCAGCUCCUGCUCAUCAGCAUUGGCUCCUUGGACUUCCUCUUCUGCACGCCUCUCAUGCUCCUCUUCAGCCUCACCCUCUUCCUCAGAGUCAAGUGCAGCACCCAGCACCUCCGAACAGGAAGGCUCUUCACUGUCAUCAUGCUCACUGUCCUCUUCUUCCUCAUCUUUGCUGUGCCUCUGAGCAUCCUCAUCCUAUUUGACUUCUUGGGCUACAAGUUCCUCUACUCCCCAGAGAUUGGCUUUGUGCUGUCCUGUGUCAACAGCAGCCUCAACCCUGUCAUUUACUUCCUUGUGGGGAGCUACAAGGAUAAGAGAAUCAAACUGACCCUCAGGCUGGCAUUCCAGAGGGCCUUUGAAGAUUCAGGAGAUGACAAAGAGGAAAGGGAAACUCGUGACACAAUAACCAUGUCCUCCUAAUACCCUGCAGUGCCUAACCACAGUAACACUGGUCUGGAGCUGAGGGACAAGAGUUUACAGAAUUUAAGAACUCUGAGGUAUUGGGGUAGCUUUAUCUCACCCAACCUUCAGUAUCUGUGUUAGAAACCUCUGUCUUUCAUCUAAGUAUUUAAGUUCCAUCUGUGGUUGGUGAAAACACAUAAGCAGCUGGAUGACCUGUACUGGGACCACACUGAAAGUGCCUCUUUCUUUUCCACGGGCAUUAAAUGACUUCAGUUUCACAAGGUGAAAUGUCGUGGUGUCUGCAUGUCAUCAAAAGAAUCCCACUCAGAAUCUGCAGCUCACUCACCAAAUCUCUGGCUUUCACAGCACAAGAAUGUCAAAUUAAUUAAUUCUCAGCCACUUAUCACUCAGAUCUCUGAAGAUGGGAGAUGAGAUCUAUCCUCCUCCUGUUGAAAUGAGCCAUGAAAUUCCUGGAAAGCAAGUCUCUCCCUCUCUAGAUUUUAAAUACUGUAUUUCAGGAGCACAUGCAACCUUUUGUGUCUCACCAAGUGCAUGAUUCUUUGCUUCUUUGUCAGCAUUUCACAUAGUUAAAUGACUCAUGCUCUUCAAGUCCCUUUAUUCUAUUAUCUCAGGGGGUUUCCAGACUGUAGUGUUGUGAUGUAGUAAAAAAAGGGCUCCAAUCCCUACCAAGUGGCCUUACAACUCAACUACAACGUGCAUGGGGUGACUUCUUCCUUGAAGCAGGACAGGUAAGAAGCCCUGGCAUCUACCAUCUCCUCUACCAGAGAAAUAAAUUCAAGGAUAGGGAAAAAAUAAGAAAGAGAAGAGAGGUAAAUAAAUAAAACAGUUAUUCUCUAGACCUUUGAGGUGCAAGAUGGGAUUAUUUGAGGUGUUGUACUACCAGACAACAUAAAAGUCACUGUUUUAAUCUAAAUUUAUAGAAAAAGGCAACACAGGUAAUUGUCUUUGAGUAACCUUACUGAUUUCCUCUUCAUGUCUUCAUUUGCAAGUAAUUUGCUAAAAGGAAGCUGCAUUCUGCUAUUGUCUAUUAUCUUUUUUUCUAUUUGUAUUUUUAUUAAUUUUGAAAAGCACCACUUUAGAAAAUAGUGGCUGACCCUAAUGUCUACAGUUGCUUUUUGCUUCCUGUUGCCAGUUCCUGAAAGCUGAAAUUUGAGUUCCACCUCUUUAAUUGUUAAUGCUAUUGUUCUGCAAUGUACAUACAAUUGAUUUGGAUCAGGUCUGUGUCAUCAAUUAUUUUUAGUAAGGUUUUUUCUUUUUCUAAGUUAUAUUGCUGGAAAAAAAGAGAGCAUCCAUUUAUCAGAAAACGUGUUGUAAAUGUCUUCCUUUUCAUAUCUGUAUUGAUUUUAUCACUGGGAGAACCAAAACAUUGCCAUUAUUAUUAAAAAUGUUGAAGAGGAACUCAAAUUGGACUUAAAAACUUUUUUUUUUUAAGAGGUACACAAACUGGACUUCAAAACAUUCUGGUGAAACAUUCAUGGAGAAAGCCAUCAACUGGUGAAAACAACUGGAAUAUGAACUGUGAAAAACUGUGUUCAGUGAUAGGACAUGCAAGAAGAUGGGGAUCAUUUUCAGGCUUUUCCACCCAGAACAAACACCAAGAGAGUCAGCCCAGCCUGCCAGGUAGAACGUCCUCAGCAUCUGAAUUAAAUCUGUCCUCUGAAUUGCUUGCAGUCUCUCUGGAGGGAUACCAGGGCAUCCAGAAGACCUGCAGUCAUCCAUGAGAAGGGGACAUUCCCCAGGGACCACCAGGACCUUAAAAAGAGCCCACGUUUCUGCUUCCCUGGGGACAGCUGAAAGGAGACAGGCAGCCCAGGCCACAAGUCUUGAGUGUGCUCCUCAAGGUGAUCCAUGUUCCAGCAGUGCCCACAAGGGAUGGUGUCACCACUUCCCAAGGACAGGAAACCUCACUCCACUCCUCUGAGGAGUUCCUACACACCAGGGCCCAAAAUACUC